CGUAAAAAAGUGUAAUUAUCAUUUCCGUGUUGACAAAGAAUUCAACGUACAUUCGUAACGUGCCGUUAAGAAAGACAUUUUAAGCUGUGUUCCGAUAUUCACUGCAAGUACUGAAAAUCUAUAGUUUACAUAACGUACAUUACAGAUUUUGAGUACUGACAGUGAAUAUCGGAACGCGCGCAGCCUUAGUGCGACAUGUACGCGCUACUGUUGGUUUCAUUGUUAUUCCAAGUUUGUUUGGGAUUCACCGGGCGAGGACUCUUUUAUCCUGGUAGAUCAGACCUGUUCGAGUUAUCGAUAAUUCAUUUAAAUGACUUUCAUGCCAGAUUCGAACAGACGAGCUCCUCUUCUGGGUCCUGCCAAGAAGGUCACGAAAAGGACUGCGUGGGAGGUAUUGCUAGAGUCUACACUGCAGUCAAUCAGCUUGUGAAGGAACGACCGAAUGCGAUUUUCCUGAAUGCUGGUGAUCAUUUUCAGGGGACACUUUGGUAUAAUAUCCAUCGUUGGAACGUCACUGCCUUAUUCUUGAAUAUGUUGCCGCACGAUGCUAUGACGAUCGGCAACCAUGAGUUCGACAAUAAAAUUGAAGGCGUUGUUCCCUUUCUUAAAAAUGUCAAUGCACCAGUUGUAGUAACAAAUAUCGAUGACAGCGAGGAGCCAACUAUACAGGGUUUAUAUAAGAAUAGUACAAUUAUCGAAAGAAAUGGUACCAAAAUCGGUGUCAUUGGCGUCAUUUUAUCGACUACGAACUUACUCUCGAAUACGGAGAAAUUAAAAUUUUUGGAUGAGGUAGAGACAGUCAAUGACGAAGCUAAGCGACUGAAGGAAAAGGGAGUAGACAUUAUUAUAGUUCUAAGCCAUUGUGGAUUAAAUGUGGACAAGAUCAUGGCUGCGAAUUGUCCCUUGAUCGAUGUAAUCGUCGGUGGUCAUUCACAUACAUUUCUUUAUAGUGGACCUCCGCCUUCUAUCGAUGCACCAGCGGAUGAAUAUCCCGUGGUCGUGACACAAAAUGAAACAGAUAGAACGGUCCUUAUUGUUCAGGCAGCUGCUUUUACAAAGUAUUUAGGUAAUCUAACAGUAUGGUUCGACGACCAAGGCGAGGUCGUCGAUUGGGACGGAAAUCCACUUCUUCUGGACCAAUCCGUCGAAGAAGACCCGGAAAUCUUGGAAGCUUUGAAGCCAUGGAAAGAGGAAGUGGAUGGAACGGCGUUAAAAAAAAUUGGCAAGACGAGAGUUUUACUUGACCGCAAUUGUCGUUAUAAAGAAUGCAAUAUGGGAAAUCUUAUAACUGACGCCAUGGUGGAUGCGGUUGUUGAUGAUGCUAAAAAUAAAACUCACUGGACGUAUGCCGCAGUGGCCUGCUCGAAUUCAGGAGGAAUUCGUACUUCCAUUGAGGAAUCUGAGAUUACCUACGGUGAUCUGAUAAUGGUUCACCCUUUUGAAAACACUUGGGACACUGUUGAACUAACUGGAGAAUCCAUUAAAAAAAUUCUAGAAAUGAAAGAAAUUCUAGUCUGGUCCGGGCUAAAAGUUACUUACAAAAAAGUUAAUGAAACGCGAACUGUGGUCGAUGUUAAAAUUAGAUGCCAGGCUUGCGAGUAUCCGGUAUUCGAAGAUUUGGUGCACGAUCAAUGGUAUAGAAUAGUGGUACCAAGUUUCUUAAUAAACGGCGGAGAUGGCUAUCACAUUUUUAAAGAUAAGAGUCGUAAUCACAAAAUUGGGACGCUCGAUAUAGACCACUUUAUGAAAUACGUAACAAAGAUGAGUCCUAUAUUUAUUGGAACCGAAAGACGAAUCACUUUUGUAAAGUAGAAUCUUUUUCUAAUGUAGAUUAAUUUUUAUAAUAAUAAACGUAUAUAUGAAAAACUUACAUGAAAACGUGCAUUUAAAGUAAAGUUAUUUAUUCU